GACUAGUGGAAAUGGAAGAAAGGAGUUUUUGUUUGUCACGACCACUUCGUGCUUGACAUCUAUGUAUCUGAAACUAGCUAUGAAGACAAGUAAAACCAGGUGCCGUUCCGAGUGUUUUCAGCUUGGUACAAGACAAAUUACACUACAGCCCAUGAGAAGAAUCGAGUGAGAACUGAAAAGGAUAAAUCGCUACAACCAGUCAGUAGUUGACACUCCUGAGGAAAUUAUACUAGCCCUAUAAAAUGUCAGUGACAGAUACACGCAUUUAAAUGUGAACAGAAGUUAAUAAUUAUCAAUAUUUUCAUUCAAUAGCCACAAUUAUAUCGUUUUAUUAAGCAAUUUGGAACAAUAUUUUUACCAUCAUAUUGAAACUAUGCUUGUUUUUAUGUUACAAAACAAUAGUCCGAUACGGUGUUAUCGCUCAUAUUAUUUUGUUUAAGUGUUAAUCAAAUCGGCUUUUCUGCCAGUAAUUUUAGCUUUACUGUAUUUAAAUUCCGUCUUAAAUUUGCUAAGAUUCCAAUUUUCACAUUUCUCACGAAAUUUAGUGGAAUUGGUAAAAUACAUAUCGGGAAAACAAGCAGUGCUUACACAUCCUUGAAAGUCCAUAAUUUCAAGGGCUUGAAAAGGGGCCUUUUUUGUAAAAGUACUUAAUUAAUAUAAAGGUGAAGCUUCUGUAUAAUUGUGGAAGUAUUAAAGAUGAAGGUUGAACCAUUUUCUGAUGAGAAGCCAGAUACUUUGUUGGAUAUCAAGUCGGAGAAAAAUGAACAUGAAACUUUCACAAUAAGUAGUACUACAGGAAAAGUUGAUUCCUUGAAAGAAAUAUCUCUACAUACCAUUUCGAAAUUUGGUAUGAUAAAAGAGGAGAAAGAAGAUAACUAUGAUGGAGCAACAGAGAAAAGUGAGAAUAUAUUUGUCCAAGAGAAAACAGAGCAUCCUUGUGAUCUGAUAGAAAAUGAUAUUAUUUCAAAGUUCAGUGACAACAAUGAUGAUCUGGAUAGUUCAAACUAUAAUGAUACGGAUGUGAAAACAAAAAUAGAAUUUCAAGAAGAAUCUGUGCUGAAAAGUACACCUGAUACGAAGACCAGUGUAAACAUCUUUUGUGGAAGUCAGAGUCCUGGUUAUCAUGUUAUAAAACAAGAAGAUUACUUUAUAGAAGUUAGAAAUUCCCCAAAACCAAACAGUGGUAUAUAUGGAGAAACAACUUUAAAUGGAAAUAACCUAAACAAAUUCAAUAUACCUCAGUGUAAUGGUAAAACAUACAGUUGUGUAGUCAGUGGAGAAGAAUAUGGAACAAUGGAUAACCUAACACAAGAACAGAGGAUACAAUCUGGAGAGAAACCAUAUCAUUGUGCAGUUUAUACAAAACACUUUGAGAGAAAUAGUUCCUUAGAACAACAUGAAAGAAGAGAUCCUGGGGAGAAACCAUAUAGUUGUGGAGUUUGUAGAAAACAGUUUGUAUCAAGCAGUAACUUAAAAUCACAUCAAAGGAUGCACACUGGGGAGAAACCAUAUAGUUGUACAGAUUGUGAAAAACAAUUUCGAACAAAGGGUAACUUAAAAAGUCAUCAAAAUGUACAUAGUGGGGAGCAACCAUACAGUUGUUCAGUGUGUGGAAAACACUUUGUUAGGAAGAAUAACUUAAAAUCACAUCUAAGAAUACACACUGAGGAGAAACCUUACAGUUGUGAAGUUUGUGAAAAACAAUUUAGAACAAAUGGUGAAUUAAGAAUACAUCAAAGAACACACACUGGGGAGAAACCUUACAGUUGUUCAAUGUGUGGAAAACACUUUGGUGCAAGGAAUAACUUAAUUUCACAUCAAAGAAUACACAUUGGGCAGAAACCACACAGUUGUGCAGUUUGUAAAAAACCAUUCGGAACAAGGAGUGUCUUAAAAGUACAUCAAAGAACACAUACUGGUGAGAAACCUUACACUUGUUCAGUGUGUGGAAAACACUUUGGUGCAAGGAAUAACUUAAAAUUACAUCAAAGAAUACACAUUGGCCAGAGACCACACAGUUGUGCAGUUUGUGAAAAACCAUUUGGAACAAGGAGUAUCUUAAAAAUACAUGAAAGAACACACACUGGUGAGAAACCUUACAGUUGUUCAAUGUGUGGAAAACACUUUGGUAGAAAAUAUUACUUAAAAUCACAUCAAUUAAUACACACUGGAGAGAAACCUUAUAGUUGUGGAUUUUGUGAAAAACAAUUUAGAACAAACGAUGCUUUAAAAAAACACCAAAGAACACACACUGGUGAGAAACCUUACAGUUGUACAGUGUGUGGAAAACACUUUAUAAGAAGUUUUACCUUAAAAGAGCAUCAUAAAAUACAUACUGGGGAGAAACCUUACAGUUGUACAGUGUGUGGAAAACACUUUAUAAGAAGUUUUACCUUAAAAGAGCAUCAUAAAAUACAUACUGGGGAGAAACCUUACAGUUGUACAGUGUGUGGAAAACACUUUAUAAGAACUUUGACCAGUGAUAAAACCACAGAGGAAUGUCAAGCACAUGAUAAUUCUUCUAUUGCUGUUUAUUCUGUUGUUGAUUAUCUUUUCACUGCUGAUCUUGUUAUUUAUGACCCUGCUGUUGUUGAUGAUGAUCACUCCAUUGAUCCUGUUGAUGAUCACCUGAAUGAUUGUAAUGAUGACCCUAUCAAUCAUCUUGAUUUUAGUACACCUGUUACUGUUGUAGUUGAUAACACUGGAGCACAAAAUAUGAUAAUUGUGGAAGUAUUAAAGAUGAAGGUUGAACCAUUUUCUGAUGAGAAUCCUGAUGGUCUGUUGGAUAUCAAGUUGGAGAAAAAUGAACAUGAAACUUUCACGAUAAGUAGUACUACAGGAAGACCUGAUUACAUGGAAGAAACAUCUCUAAAUACCAUUUUGAAGUUUGGUAUGAUAAAAGAGGAGAAAGAAGAUAUCUAUGAUGGAGCAACAGUGAAAACUGAGAACAUAUUUGUCAAAGAGAAAACAGAGCAUCCUGGUGAUCUGUUAGGAGGAAAUGUUAUUUCAAAGUUCAGUGACAGCAAUGAUGAUGAUCUGGAUAGUUUGAACUGUAAUGAUAUGGAUGUGAAAACAAAAACUGAAUUUCAUGAAGAAAUUGAAUCUGUUUUAGAAAGUACAUCUGAUACAAAGACCAGUAUGAGCAUCUGUUGUGAGAGUCAGUGUCCUGCUUAUCAUGGUAUAAAACAAGAAGAUCACUAUACAGAAGUUUUAAAAUCAAACAAUGGUAUAUGUGGUAUAAAUGGAAAUAGUCCAAACAAAUUUAAUAUACCUCAAUGUAAUGGUAAAACAUACAGUUGUGUAGUCAGUGGAAAAGAAUUUGGAACAUUGGAUAACCUAACACAAGAAAAGAGGAUGCAAUCUGUAGAGAAACCACAUCAUUGUGUAGUUUAUGGUAAACACUUUGAAAGAAAUAGUCCCUUAAAACAAUGUCCAAGAAAUCACACUGGGGAGAAUCCUUACAUUUGUGUAGUUUGUGGAAAACCAUUUGUAUCAAGCAGUAACUUAAAAAUACAUCGAAGAAUACACACUGGGGAGAAACCAUACAGUUGUAUAGUUUGUGAAAAACAGUUUCGAACAAAAGGUAACUUAAAAAGCCAUGAAAAAGUACAUAGUGGGGAGCAACAAUACAGUUGUUCAUUGUGUGGAAAACACUUUGUUAGAAAAAAUAACUUAAAAUCACACCAAAGAACACACACUGGGGAGAAACCUUACAGUUGUACAGUUUGUUACAAAUCAUUUGGAACAAGUGGUAACUUAAAAAUACAUCAAAGAACACAUACUGGUGAGAAACCUUACAGUUGUUCAGUGUGUGGAAAACACUUUGGUGCAAGGAAUAACUUAAAAUCACAUCAAAGAAUACACAUUGGGCUGAAACAACACAGUUGUUUAGUUUGUGAAAAACAGUAUAAAACAAAAGACACUUUAAAAAUACAUCAAAGAACACACACUGGUGAGAAACCUUACAGUUGUUCAGUGUGUGGAAAACACUUUAGUAGAAAGAAUUACUUAAAAUCACAUCAAUUAAUACACACUGGAGAGAAACCUUACAGUUGUGCAGUUUGUAGAAAACAGUUUGUAUCAAGGAGUAAUCUAAAAUUACACCAAAGAAUACACACUGGAGAGAAACCUUACAGUUGUGCAGUUUGUGGAAAACAAUUUGUGUCAAAUGGUGAAUUAGAACAACAUUUAAGAACACACACUGGAGAGAAAACUUAUAUUUGUGCAGUUUGUGGAAAUGAUUUUGGAACAAACUUUGAAUUAAAAGUACAUCAAAGAACACACACUGGUGAGAGACCUUACAGUUGUACAGUGUGUGGAAAACACUUUGUAAGAAGUUGUACCUUAAAAGAACAUCAAAGAAUACACACUGGGGAGAAACCUUACAGUUGUUCCUUGUGUGGAAAACACUUUGGGAGAAAGAAUUACUUAAAAUCACAUCAAAGAAUACAUACUGGAGAAAAGCCUUACAGUUGUGGAAUUUGUGGAAAACACUUUGGAUCAAAGAGUGAAUUAAAACGGCAUCACAGAAAACACACCGGGGAGAAACAUUACAGUUGUACAGUUUGUAGAAAACGCUUUGUAAGAAGUUGCACCUUAAUAAAACAUCAUAAAAUACAUACUGGGGAGAAACCUUAGUUAUGAAGUUUGUGGAAAACGAUUUGUAAGGAACUAUAAGUUAAAAAUACAUCAG